AUGCCGUCCCGCCUGCUCCUCGCCUUGGCCCUGCUGGGAUCCGCCGGCGCCUGCCGCCUCGCCGCCCCCGAGGCGCCCGAGCCGGGCAGCUGGGCCGGGACGGCCGAGGUGGCCCCGGUGGCCGAGGUGACGCCGGUGGCCGAGGUGACGCUGGAGGAGGACGUCGAGUGCCCGCGGGACGAGGAGACGGCGCGGCUGAGCCUGCCGGAGGCCCCGGGCGCCGGCACCAACCGCUACGUGGUCGUGCGGCGCUGCAGGAGCUUCCACCGCGCCGAGGACGUGUGCCGCCGGUGCUACCGCGGGCACCUGGCCUCCAUCCACAGCCACAGCGUCAACGUCCGCCUGCGGCGCGUCGCCCGCUCCCGCACCAACCGCGGCCAGGUCUGGAUCGGGGCCAUCACCAGCCCCCUGUGCAGGAGCGUGUUCUGCCAGUGGAUCGACCGCACGCUGUGGAACUACGCGCACUGGCUCCGCGGCUACCCCACGCCCGCCGGCACCUUCUGCACCUCCCUCUGCACCGCAAACGGGCGCUGGAGGAGCGUGCACUGCGGCGUGCGCCUGCCCUUCGUCUGCAAGUACUGA